GGAAGUGGAGUCAUCGAAAUUUGACUACAAUUUAAUGAUAUGGUGCAAUGUCAUUAAAUGUAAGUCAAUAGCUUAAUUGGAUAAUUAAGCCACUUUUCAAAGAGUAGUGACCAAUGAAUGUGAAGUUUUGGUCACCAAAUUUGGGUUAGUUAAUCAUGUUUAAAAGGAAAGAAGAGACAAAGAAAUAUUUUAUAUUUCUUAUGGCUUGGUUGCAUUCAACGUGUUUGAUGGAAAGAAAAGGAGAAUGAAUCGUAUAGUCUUGCUUUGUCAUCACCAGGUGUCUAAACAAGAAAGGAAGAAAAUAAAUAAUAUGCUUACUCAUGCUUUUGAGUAUCACGUGGCCAACUUGGACUUACCUGAGUCAUUGUCUUGGAAACGUGGCCAAAGAUGGGAGGGAGAGUGUGUGUGAUACUUGUUACCACCUCAUAGAUCUUGUUUAACUAUAAAAGGAAGGUUAACCUCUUCCAUUUCCACACUUACGUGACCAAGAGAGAAGAGAGGAGAGCAAGAAGAAAAAAGAAAUAAAGAGAAGAAAGAAAAGAAGAAAAGAAAUAGAAAAAGAAAAUAAAUAAUUUAAGGAGUUGUUUAGAGAGUUGCUUGGAGAAGCAAGACGUGUUACAAGAUUGCGGGAUUAACGGUACAGAAUCAAGACGAAGAUUGGAGGGGAUGAAAAGGGUUUGGUCAGCUUCAGGAAUCAGAAAGUCAAGCCACAUCGCUUAAUCACUGUGACCAGUAGAGAGGACCGUAGCACUCGCGGAACUGUAGGAGCUGGUGUAGAUUGAUCAUCUUUUGCUAAAGACUCGUUUUCAAGAUAUAUGAAUGUAUGUUUUACUUUCGACUGCGUCCAUGGACCCUAUGUAUAAUAUUUUGGUCUUGUGAACUUCAUGUAUUAUAUAUAUGAAAUAAAGUAUGUUUUAUAUUCGUGAUGUGUUGAAUCUGAUAUUAGGUUAGUCCAACCUAACACAACUCUAUUACUCGGUACGGGUUGCAAAGCCUCAGGCCGAAGAUUAGAGGAAACGAGUUUUGAAUGGAUAUUCUGGGUUACAUAAUUAUGUUGUGACUUGGAAAGUCUAUUCUAAACCCGUUGUGACACUUCUGGACUUGGUAGAGGAAGGUCGUUCGGGCAUGUUCUUGUUUGAUUGUUGCCCGGCUGACUGACCGAUGUCUAAAACGGUUCGGGGGUGUUACAGAGGUGGUAUCAGAGCAUGGUUUAGAUCAUGCGGUCAAUCACGCGUUUUUCGUGUUUUAUCGAGUCAAAUGUGUCGCAAAAGAUGUAUUAGGAAACCAGCAGAGUCCCGCUCUAAUUAGUAUUCUAAAUAGGAAUUCCUUGUUCGUGGAUUGCAGAUGGCAAGGAGGGGAAGGAGUGAUGGGGGACAGGAUUGGAUGCUGGGUAUAGACAGAGUCCCAAGAAGAAGGGUACUGGGAUAUGAAUCCGAAGGGAGAGUGCAAACACCGCACACUAACCAAGGAUUCAGUGAAGAAAACGUAGGAAGAAACAACAAUCUGUUUGGGCAUGAUCAAGAGAUACCACCAGAAGAAAACUUUCCACCAAACCGUACUGUAAGGGGAAGACCAGAAACAGAUGAUAGCGAGUCAAGUGUCCAAGGACCAAGACCAAUUAGGCGGAACAACCCGAUUGAACAAGAAGUUCAUGAUCAACCACAACAAGGAGAAGGAAUGGAGCACACUUUGAAGAUGCUUCAUGACGUGAUAGCGAGGUCACUCCAACAACCUCAAGUGCAACCUCAGCCACUCGUGCCACCACAACCUUCAGUUAGUACACCGAUGUUACCAUUGAUAACUGCCAUGAAGAAUAUGAAGACACCACAUUUUGAAGGAGGUACAGAUCCAUUUCUAUCCGACCAGUGGCUUCGAAUUAUGGAGAAAAACUUUGAGACCCUGACGUGUUCCGAAGAGUCUUAGAAGAAGAUGGCAGUGUAUUACUUAGACAAAGACGCAGCAGAAUGGUGGGAGAGUAGGGAUCGCCAAGUGGGACAUCUGGUCACCACUUGGGCGGCAUUCAAAAAAGAAUUUGAACGCAAGUACUUUACUCCUGAAUCCAAGCGAAGGCUUCAACGCCAGUUUGCAAACUUGGUACAAGGAGAUAAGACGGUUAGAGAAUAUGAAUCUGAAUUUAUGCGACUGCGACGACAUGUGCUACGAGGACAAGAUGAUGAGGAAACCAUGAUAUCUAAUUUUAUGUUUGGUCUAAAACCAGAGUUAGAAAAUAGACUGGCAGUCGGGAACUACGAGAGUCUGACCGAGCUAGUGGAAAAGGCUGUGAAUGUGGAGAUUGGAUUGGAAGCUGAGAAGGCGGCAACUAAGAAAUCCAAGCAGCAUCAAGAAGGAAAGUAUGGUGGAAACCAAAGAUCUUUUAAGGGUAAAGAUAAGGAAAAGGAGUCGGGAGGGCCAAGUCGACGAUCUCUGUUCACAGGGAAAUGCUUUAACUGUGGCAAGAUAGGCCAUAAGUCAAGUGAAUGCUACGGGAAGAAACCUGGAUCCUUUCAGUUAAACUCCUACAAUCCUACAUGUUUCACGUGUGGAAAGAAAGGGCACAUCUCUACCCAGUGCAGCAUCAACCGUCCUAUCCCAGCUACGCCAAUCACUGUCCAUCCUCCUCCAGCUCCACCUGCAAUCGCACAAGCGCCAAAAAGGCAAGCUAUAGGAGGUAGAGUUUACGCUUUAGAACUAGAGGAUACUAAACCUCCAGGCCCAUCUAAGGAUCCCAUCACAGGUAUUUGGGUUCUUUAACCUUACUAGAUUGAUUUUGUGUUGUGUGAUUGCUUGUGAUGGAUUGGUUAAUUUAUGUUGGAUAAUUAUUAUGUUGUUGAUAUAUAUUGAUGAUUGUGGCAGGAACUUUACAUGUUGCGGGGCGUCCCACACAUGUAUUGUUCGACUCCGGGGCAACACAUAGUUUUGUGACCCCUGAGGUAGCUGCCGAGUUUGUGGGAUCAUUUGUGAUUGACAGGAUGGAUGUGGCUGUAAUGACUCCCGGAGACCAAACCCUCCAAGCAAAAGAAUGCCUCAGAAGAAUUCUGUUAGUCAUUUGCGAGAAGAUGUUCUUGGCAGAUUUGUUGGUGGUGCCCUUAAAAGGAUAUGAAGUUAUCUUGGGCAUGGAUUGGUUAUCAGGCUAUCGGGCACAAUUAGAUUGUGGAAAAGGUCGUAUUUCGUUCAAGGAGAACGGGCAACGGCAAAUAGUAUUCUACGGGAUCAGUCCAAGUAAGUAUAUGUCUUUAGUAGCUGCCUUGAGAGUGGAAGAUUUGCUCAAGGAUGGAGAAGCGUAUCUGGUAACAGUAACUGCUAG